GUCGUCGUCGUCGUCGUCUUCUCUUUCUCCCCCCAAGAUCACUUGACCUUCAUUCCUUUUGCUAUCUGGCUGCCAUAACGUCCCCUUUGACUAGAACACUCGAAUACUUUUCACCUCGCUGACUCCCGCACCCAAAGGACGAUCGAUCGUCGUCGCGGGCUUCUUUCAGCAUCGCCGGCCCGGAGUACAGGUGACCUCCCAAUAGUCGUCGUCGUCGGACGAUCACCAUCAUGAACCCUUACAAACGGUCUCAAGACCCGUCACUCCCUCUCGGCUCGGCGAGGCCGACUGCAUCAUCAUCUUCGUCCGCGACCGCACCAGCGGGACCACCGGGAGGUGGAGGAGGAGGAGCAGGUUCAGCUUCUUCAGCUUCUGGAGCAGGACCAGGCGGAGAACGAGAUCCCCCCGGACCUACCGCUUCAUCUUCAUCGACCACGAUCAGGCUUCCUGGUCGGACCAACCCAUAUCUCCCACCCGACGAUCCCAUCCGACCUCGAUAUCCAUACGGGAUGGCCUCGUCUGCGUCCAUCUGGGGCUCUGAUCGAGAACGUGAGCGGGAAAGGGAGCGUGAGCGUGAUCGAGAGCGAGAGCGAGAGAGGGAACGCGAACGGGGAAACAACCGAGGCUAUCCUCAUCCUCCCUUGUCCGGACCUUCUGCGCACGCUCCUCCUCAAGCAUCUCCUGCUGUCUCUUCGUCCAAUCCCAACUCGGUGACCGGAUCUAGGAAUUCGUCCAUCUUCCCUCGAGACCCCUCGGCAUCAAACUCGAACUCUGCCUCGAACUCGAACGCGGCCAAGGUCCCAACUACCUCGCUGGCGGAUAAAGAAAGAGAAAGGGAGAGAGAAAGAGACCGCAUUGGCAGCAAUACCGGUAUCCGAUCGGGAGUGUUAUCACGCCCGCUGGAGUUCGAGAAGCGCAUCGAGAGGGAGAAACAGGACUUUUACCGUGAGAUAGAACAGGGGCAGCAUAAGCAGCGCGAGAGAGAGAGGGAUGCGAGUAUGGGUCGACUCGGUUUGGGGACGAUCGGGGGAGGCAGGGGGUAUGGUGCAGCGGCUGGAGGUAUUGGUGGAAGUAGCGGAACAGGCGUCGCGAGACCGAACGGACCCGCUGGCUCCAACAGCGGUACAAGCAACGCCAAGAACAGUAACAACAAUUCCGGUAGCUCGGGUAAUCCUCCCAGCUCGUCGGCAUCCGGGGCACAAACUAAAGAAACAGGAUCUUCGAACGCAAGCACGAACCCCAACCCUACCUCGUCCGCAUCUAGUCACAGCCACAACAAUCCUCCUUCGCAUUCCGCAUACCGCAGCCCGUUUUCGAUGUUUGGACCUCCCGGUCGAAACUCUGCCGGUGCCGGCGCACCUCCUACCCCUUCAACAGGAACGGGCAAUCAUGGAAACGCAACUGCUACUGGCUCGGCGGACAACAGCGGGAACCCCAAUAGCUCUUCGUCUAAUGCCUCUUCCUCGAAACCCACUGGGUCCGGAAUGGGAUCGUCCUACGUCUCCCCCUACGCGUCGUUCUUUGGAGGAGGUUCUGCACGUCGGACCGGAUUUUCGCCGUUGGACCGUGAAAGAGAACGCGAGAGGGAGGUCGAGGAAGGGCGUGAUCGUGAGCGGGGGAGUUUGCUGAAACGCGAAUGGGAGGAGAAGAGGAGGAGAGGUUUACUCGGACCUGGGAGUGCAACAGGUCCUGGAUCCGGGGCCGGGUCGGGGACGAGUGGGACUGGUACGGGUGCGGGGGCGAGUGCAAGUCAGAAGGGGGAAGAACAAGGUGGUGGAUCCAGGUUCAAGACCCCUUCGGCCUUGUUACCCAGUCCGAGGUCGGUUCCCAGUACACCAGGAUUAGGAUUAAGCCAGGGCCAGAGUCAGGGAAAGUCGGCCGGAGGUGACGGUAAUGCUAACCCUCAGAAGUCUGGUCCUGGUGCAAAGCUCGGCCUCGGUGGGCUUGGUCCUUCGUCGACCGGAUCGGGGACUUCGGGUGGACCCACGUCUGCAGGGUUCAAUCCGUUGACUUCCCGGACAUUGCCCAGUCCGUUCGACCGACCUGGACCAGGAUCGCAACCGGGGACACCGGGCAUCAAGAUCGAAGGGCCUGCAGCUUCGGGUUCGACACCGACUUCCUCGUCAGCCACUACGACCGGUGGGAUGAAGUUAUCCAGUCUCUUGGGGCCGGGUGGGUCUGUUCAGAGUGAUAGACCCGUAGCAGGCCAAGGGAGUAGCGUCUCGCCUCGACCUGCAAGAGCGGCCCCCGCUGGGACGUCGGUUCCCGGUGUCUCGCAACCUGGGGCGGCAGGAGGUUCCCGAAGCGCAUACGGUUUCAUGGCGCCUCAUAGUUCGAUGUUUGGGUAUGACAGUUCGAGGCAAAAGGAACGGGCCAGGUUACGCGAAUCCGAGCGGGACUGGGAGCGGGAGCGAGAAAGGGAAAGGGAAGGUUUGGCUGGGAAACGGGAGAGGAGUGGAAGUGCUUCGACAGUCGUCCCUCCAGGUUCCGUCAGGGCAGGAUCGUCUGCCUUGAGUGGUAGUGCCGCGGCUGGUUAUCCCUCGAAUGCGGGAUUCGAUCCCAACUCGAACCGGAAUAGGAACAGAGGUCUGUCCUUUGGCUCGGGAACCGCUGGGAAAUCGCCCGUGUACGAUUACCCCGCCUCGUCACUCAAGACGGAUCUUGCCACUGAUCGGUUGCUACCUCUCGGAUCGUCGUCUUCCUCAUCGCUACAUUCGACGAUUCCGCCUGGUCCACUGUCGUCUAGUCUCGUUGCUACGGAACGAGAACGUGACAUCGCCAUCGCAAAGGAACGGGAGCGAGAGCGGGAACGAUCGAGACGAGAACUGGUUGAGAGGGAAAAGGAGAGAGACCGGGAACAAGAGAGAGCACGCGCGGAGCACGACAAGAGGGAGCAGUACGAACGCGACAGCGUCAAGGAAAGCUCGAAGAUGGCAUUCUAUAUGCGAAACCCCAACGCAAAGCUUCCUCCUCCGUAUGCCUCCAGGGACGGUCGUACGGCCACGGCUUCAAGCCAUGUCGGCGGAACUUCCGAGUCGACUCAUCGUCGCAGUCCCUCGAACGAUCCUGCCGGCAUGCCGAACUCGUCGUUCCAGGAUGCCAUGCGUGACAGGGAUCGUAAGGACGGUAUGGCUGCCUCGGCCAGACGACAGAUGGAACUCGAGCGAACCGCUUUCUACGAUCGAAGCGGAAUGUUCAGAUCUCGCGCGGCGGGUGGUGCCGUCGAUAUUGACAUGGAACAUGGCCGGUCCACGCCAAAACAAGCGAUCGAAGUGCUGAAUCGACCGGUAUCUCCGAUCACAUCCAGUGUGAUGGCGCAGACUCACCCAGCAGCGUUCCCACCCCCUGCAGGUAGCCUGUCCGCAACGGGAUAUUCUGACAUGAUAGACCAAUCAAUCAAGUCCGCCCCCGGUUCGCCUUCCCAAAAUCCGCUGGGCUCGAGUCGACAUGGCAAGCGCGAAUUUGAUACGCAUGAAGGCUCGAAACAGGUGGCGUCACUGGGCCACGGCGUACCAACAUCUGCAUCGGGCUCCAAGUCCCACAAGCGCAAGCGAAGCCAGGCUUACGCCCAGGAUUCUCGCGAGGUCGACCUCGACAAGAUGGAAGUGGACGCCGAUCCAAAAACUUCCGGCAAGAAGCGUUCAAGCAAAAAUACGAACGGUACGCGCGAUCAGAGGGAAGGCGUCGCGGCUCUACAGUAUCCAGCAACGGUCGCGCCACAGGUCAACUAUGGCAUGCUGAGCCUACCUCCCACCCUGACGCUCGAUGUCAGAUCGGAAUCCGUUGAAGUACACCUUCGCAAUCUGGGUAUCAAAGCGCUCCUCCAGUCCCUCGGCAAGACCACCUACAAGGGCUGGGAUUGGCUACUCGAUGCACAAGUUUUAUCGGACAAUAUCGGCGGAACCAUGGAAAUCUUGAUUCCCGGGCAAUAUCUCCCGUCUCCGCCCGAUCAGCUUCAAGGCUGGGCGGUGCGAGGCGAGAAGGAAUGGGACGAGGCCGUCUCGGAAGCUGGUAGAAAGAUCAUGUCGCAGAUUCCAGGUUACAAUGACCGACGGUUAUGGGGGAGCGACGUCUACACGGACGAUUCCGACGUCCUCGCCGUCAUGAUUCAUUCGUCCUGGCUUCGACCGAUACCUGCUGCUUUCGGCCGGAGGUCGUAUGGGGAGACACUUGCACGGAACAAACGGUCUCGACGACCACAAGAUGACCUCAAGGUUUUGAUCCGGGUGGCGCCCAAGCUGAUCCGCUAUGUGGCCUCCGAACGAGCGGGUUUUGCUAGUCGUGGAUGGGGCAACAGCCAUGACGGUGUCAGUUAUGUGGUGGAGACGGUCUCUAGAAUCCAACCACAGAAGCCUUUUACUCAGUCUCGCAAGAAUAGCAAACUGCGUAUGGCAGCCAACUUGCUGCAGAGACGGCUUGCUUUCGGUCACUUGUGCAGUGAUAACGGAACUACAGCAUGGCCACACAGCGGGAUCGAAGGCCUGCAGACCGAUCUCGAGAUGGAUGACGGGGUCGACGAGAUGUCGAGGGAGAGCGAUCUGACCUUCCUUCGAUCUGGUCAUGUCGGCUCUGUAUACAAGCCUUCAUUGCUCCGAUCGUGGCAUUUGCCCCUCGAGGGGGAAGUGCAGUCACCUGUCAAGUCGGAUGCGCUCAACCCUGUCGACGCGAUCGCUCAUCAUGCAGGUCUCGGUGUCAGCCCGGAGGAGGGAGUUAAGAAGAAUAUAUGGAUAAGGGAUCUUAUUCUCGAAGCCGGAAAUGAAGAAUAUCGUUUGACUUCAUCUGCCGGUUCAACCCCCUUGUCCCCCUCUUUCAACCUGACAUUGAUACCUCCUGCCAGACAUUCCGAUCAGCAACGAAUUCGGAAGGCCGUCGAACCGACGUCCAACGCGAAGGAGAAACCAGAGGGGACCGGACCGGGCUUGUCUUUGGAACGGGUCGUCGGUCAAGGUGUGAGUUCGAGCGACCUGACUUUCGUCGACAAUGGUCUUCUCGUGCGCAACACGACAGAGGAGGGCCCGAAGGAGGAUAGUGGAUGGCUUUUACUCGUGGAUAGGUUUGCCUGGGUGGAGAAGUCCGUUGCCUAGUCUCGAUUUGUGACUGGUUGCAGCUCUCUAGUAAAGAAACCGCGAUGCAAUGCACGCCCAACAAUGAAUGAUUAGCACAUCGAUCAUUUCGCAUACUCGGUAUCGCCCUCGCGUCGUCGUCAUAUCAUCAUCCAUUACGAUCGUUGCUAUCGUUGUAUCGUCAUGUCGUUAUGAUCAUAACGAUCAUCAUCAUUCUAUUG